AUGGCUUCCUGCAGCUCCAGGAUCCAAUGGGAGUGUGCUUUUGGUGCCCUACAAAUCCAUUGCAUACUAAGUCCGCGCUUCUCACCACCAGACUGUGCAUCUGAUGUGGAGAAGAAGCCCAAACCGCGGCUAUCAGAAGCUCAGCGCAGGUGGGCGACAGAGGCUCCUCACUGGGACAACGAGAAACGAUGUUGGGUAGAUCGAUCGAAGAAAGUGGAGGUUGUGGACUCCGAUGACGACUUGGUGAUGAAGAAAGAUGGCUGGGUGAUGGUGCAUCAUCCCGAGAUGGGCUUGCUUUUGGAAGCAGUAUCCGAGAUUGAAGAUUCUACGGAAGAGAACUCUGCAGGAGCCCAAGAAGAAGCUGAGAAGAAGAUUAUCCAGAUGCUGCAACCCUCUUCCAAGGAGGAGAGCUUCGACUAUUUCUGGGGAAGCUCUUCGAAAGUGCCGGUCGCGCCGUUUAAGGCAGUGCGGCGACCAGCGCCGGGUCCCGGGGUCGUGGCAAAACCAGCAGCUGGUCCGGUGGAGAAUGCGGAGAGCGAGGCCAAGCUGGAUGAGUCAGCAUUGGCCGCAGCAAUGCGAUGGGCGGCUGAGGGCGGCGACGAGGAGCACCAUCCAGAGCCAGAGGACGUCCAGGAGGUCCCGCACGUCCAGGGCACCAGGUACCGAGUGAUCUACAAGAAGGUGGCGGUCCGCCGUUGGCCGGACACGAAAGCGGAGGCCAUCCGACAGUUGCCGCAGGGAGAGCUCGUUGAGAUGUACGACUGGGACGAGACCCACGCCUGGCGGCGGAUCCGCAUUCUGGCGAUCCGAGACGUGGCCGACGGCGGCGGCAUGCAGGAGGUGGAUGGUUGGAUGCUCUUGGAGUCUCCUCAAGUGGGACGCCUCUUGGAGGAAGUCGUUGAAGAAGGAGAGGACAACGAUGAUGACUUCGCCGGUUGA